ACAUCAGUCUUUUACGGUCUACUUUGACGCAUAACGUAAGUAAAUAAAUUAACGUCGUAUGCAUUCGACGUCCACUUAGAAAAAUCACUUUCGUUAUCAAUUGUGUUUUCCUGGUGUAUUUUCCUGUGUCGUAUUGACGUUUAAUCUUUAUAAAUAAAUGAAGUUCAGUGUUUUAUAGUUAAAUAUACUUCGGAAUUACAAAUUUGUAAUCUACAAGUGUAAUAACAAUGAGCGAAUCUGCUAAACAGUUUGACGCAACCUCUGACCCCGGUUUAUCGAAUGCGGCUGUACCAAUAGCAACAGAAAUACCUUCGUUUCGAAAUCCCAUCCCAUCCACAUCGCAUGCUACCAAUGGAUUGUCGGCACCAGUCUUACCACCGCGACCCGAUCUAAGUGUUCAACCAAGUUAUGGGAUGAAUCCGGGGAUGUCCUAUGGUGGGAUGGGAGGGAUGGGAGGCAUGGGAUCGUAUGGUAUGGGGUAUGGAGGUUACAACAUGGGUGGUUAUGGUAUGGGAGGGAUGGGUAUGGGUAUGAGCCCCUAUGGUGGAUACAACAGAUAUGGACCUAUGUACGGAGACAUUGAAAGCAGAUUCAUUCAAAUAGCUGAAGAAGGCUCCCGUCCAGCAUUUGAAUCUAUACAGAGUGUUGUGAAUGCUGUCGGUAGCGUAGCCAUGAUGAUGGAAAACACAUUUUUUGCACUGACCAGCUCUUUCAGAGCAAUUCUGGGUGUAGCAGAAAAUUUUGGCCGUCUAAGGUCUCUGUUUGCCCAGUUCUGGUCAACGUUUGCCGUAGUUAGGAGUUUGAACUGGCUAGUCAGAAAACUGCUUGUCAUGUUAGGAAUCAGAACAGAGACCGAGUUCAAGGCAUGGGCGGAAGCAUUGGCAGCCACCCAGUCAGGAACGGGUACACCAGAACAGAAAGCCAAGGGUUCAAGUUGGCCGAUACUACUGUUCUUCGGAGUCAUAGCAGCUGCACCAUACAUUGUCCUCAAAAUGCUUAACGGCAUCUCAUCGAGUAUACACGAGAGAUUAAAUGACCCCUCUAGCUGGCAGAAUCCUCUUCGCGCUGUGGCUCAACACGACUUCCAAGCUACUUCCCCUCAGGAAAUCAGCUUCACAACGGACCAGGUCCUAACCUUGGCUCCCCAACAUCUCCAAGGUCACCUUUGGAAUUCAGGCUGGCUCAUGGCUUCCGCUGACAGACACACAGCUGGCCUGGUGCCAGUCACGUACAUCAAAGUAAUCAAACCAAGCGAUAUCAAUAAAGCAGAACCCACAGACGACUUGCACAAAUAUUAUAAUCAGGAAUUGUAAGACUAUAUGUGGCAACAUUAUAUGACUUAUACGUAAUGAUCGUGUUUUUGUAUUUUGGUGUAAAGCGUCGGUUAUGGAGAUUAAUGUGUAUAUAUUCUUAUUAAUAAUAUAAAUCGCGUACUGAAUUUUAGAUUCAGAGAAUAUGUGACUAUCUUCUCCAAAGCUUGUUCUCAAUAUUAAGAGAAAUAGUCGAAGAUAUAUCUUUUGUUUUAAAAAAACUAUGUCUUAAUAUUAUUAUAUUUUUUUUUACAAUACAUAACUAACUAGUGAACUGUGUUAUAACUUGUGUUUUCGGAGAGUUAAUUUUAUUGCUAGCUAAAUGACACUUAAUAUAUUCAUUGGUUGUAAUAUUGACAUGUUUAUGUCCGUAUAUAUAUAUAUAAAAAGCACUACUUACGGUCACCGUAGCCUGCAUGAAAUCUCAUACAGUGCCUUAUAUAGUUAAAAAACUAAUAUUAAUUAUUUACAUGUAUUAUAAUCAAGUUCGGUUGUUAGUUUGCAAUUCUAUAAAAAGCCAAGUGUAAAAUUUUAAUCAUGGUGUUGCCAGAUAUAUACAUUCCUGAUGUUAGAUUAGAAUUAUAAUUGCUGUAAAUAUGGGAAGGGGGUUAUAUAUUAUUUGAUUGGGAAAUUAUGUACUCUACAUUAAUAGAUGCCAACACUAGAUGUUUUAAAGAAUUUUAGUCAUAUUUAUACUAUGUUUAAUAAAAAAUAGGAUUGCUACUUUUGCAUUCUUGAUUAUUCCUCUUCUUGCUGGAGCGAGCUCUCUUCAUGUGUAUUGUUAAAUCUAAACUACUUUUGACUGAAUCAGAUUAAAGCAUUUUAAAACAAA